UUCACCUGUUUAUCAACAACAAAUGGCUUGUGAGUUAGUUGUUGUAAUUAUGAACAAUUAAUUUAAUUACAAUCACAAUACAGUCGGCUAGACCUUUAUAUAUUGUUUGCCUAACUACUCUUUAUGGGAAAAUGACUGGAGGGUUUUAUGUUGGUACGGUGCAGCUCAAAAUGUGUUCCCAGGGAGCUCAUGCCACUGCCAUUGGGAUUCGUGUCAAGGAAGAAAUGUUAGAAAGGAUUGUGGUGAUUGGCUUUCUGCCAUUGGGAGGAAAUGACCAGUAGUGGUCUGACAAGGCUAUUUUGCCUGCGUUAUAUCAGCAACAGAAGAAGUUGAGUCGUAUCAACAUCGACAUCUGUGACAGGAAACAACUGUGUGCUUGUAAAGUCACUGUGUACCACAAAGCUGCUCUUUUUGACAGCCCCAGAGCACAAUCUGGGAGAACGGUUCGCCUUGUCUGAAUGGCAAACGUUUGUUUGCAUGUUGAUCGUCAAGUGCAUUAGCGCUUCACUUGUUUUUCUCAGCUGUGGCUCUUGAGACUGACCUAUAAGCACAGGUUUCUCUCGUUCUCCCUGUUUACUGUAAGCUCCUGUGCCAUGGACGUGCCAGAGCCGCGUCUCUGGCCUGGAGGGAGGGGGAAGGGAGCUCGAGCAGAGCGCUGGGGGAAGGGAGGCACUCUCAUUUCCUGCGAAGAGAGAAAAAAAGACCUCGGCUCACUCUCUGACCAGUUAUCUCCACAUUCACAGCCGCCUUGCUCCUUUAUUUGGGUCUGUUUGCGGGGACCUCUGAUUGUCUCUCUGCUCAGAUCGUUCUAGAAGACUCCGGUUUGGAGGCCGGUUUGCUUGCAGAGCGCUGGUUUUCUUUCUCGUCAUCGGAUCAGCUUCAGGACUUCCUGUUUCUUUGAUUUCUGUGUAGAGAUCUGGAUCUUCAGCCACGCAGUUGGCUUGACAUUAUUUGACCUUUCUGAAGCGAGCAGGAAAAGAGAGGCCCGGUGGAUGGGAGCUUUUGUCGUGACGUGGCCCUAAUGUGACAUAACAUCCUCACGGCCUCGCAUUACAGUCAAAAAUGGAGAGCCCUCAGGCCCUUGGCUUCACGCUUAGAUGUGCAUUUCCCACCUCAGUCAUUGCAUGGCUUGUUUUAUUUUGCUGAAACGGAUACACUUUCUCCAGGCGUAUGUCAUUAUUGUCGUUUCUGAAACACUCUGUGUGAUUUUUCUGAACAACCUGGAAUAUUUUCUUGUGAGAAAGUUUGGCUGUGGAGGAAAUAAAGACCGAGUCUGAUGCUGUUGAUGGGAUGGAGGCGUCGAUGCCACCCAAAGCGGUCCCUGAUCUAGGAUCAGCAGAGCCGGCGCUGGCUCCGCAGAAGAGGAAAGCACCCAGUCCUCCACAUUCCUCAAACGGACACUCUCCUUCUGACACGUCACCCAGUCCCACAAAGAAGAAGAAGAAACCAGGAUUAGUCAACAACAGUAAAGACCAAUGUGAGCUUAGACAUGGUCCCUUUUACUAUGUCAAGCAGCCCGCACUCACCACAGACCCUGUUGAUGUUGUGCCGCAGGACGGGAGGAAUGACUUCUACUGCUGGGUGUGUCACCGCGAGGGUCAGGUGCUCUGCUGUGAGCUCUGCCCGCGCGUCUACCACGCCAAGUGCCUCAAACUGGCUGCAGAGCCUGAGGGCGACUGGUUCUGUCCAGAGUGCGAGAAAAUAACGGUGGCUGAGUGCAUCGAGACUCAGAGUAAAGCGAUGACCAUGCUGAACCUGGAGCAGCUGUCCUACCUGCUGAAGUUCGCUUUGCAGAAAAUGAAACAGCCAGGGACCGAACCGUUUCAGAAGCCGGUGUCACUUGAACAGCACCCGGAUUAUGCCGAGUAUAUAUUUCACCCCAUGGAUCUGUCCACUCUAGAGAAGAAUAUCAAGAAGAAAAUGUACGGUUGCACAGAAGCGUUUUUGGCCGACAUGAAGUGGAUUCUACACAACUGUAUCAUAUAUAAUGGAGCAAACCAUAAGCUAACAGCAACUGCUAAAGUUAUCGUCAAGAUCUGUGAACACGAAAUGAAUGAAAUUGAGGUUUGUCCAGAGUGCUACCUGUCCGCCUGUCAGAAGAGGGACAACUGGUUCUGUGAACCUUGUUCUCAGCCUCAUCCUUUAGUGUGGGCCAAACUGAAAGGUUUCCCCUUCUGGCCCGCUAAAGCCUUGAGGGACAAGGACGGUCAGGUGGACGCACGCUUCUUUGGCCAGCAUGACAGAGCCUGGGUGCCCUUAAACAACUGUUACCUCAUGUCUAAGGAGAUCCCCUUCUCUGUGAAGAAGACCAAAAGCAUCUUCAACAGCGCCAUGCAGGAAAUGGAGGUCUACGUGGAGAACGUGCGCAAGAAAUACGGCGUGUUCAACUACGCCCCGUUCAGGACACCUUACACGCCCAACAACCAGUUCCAGAUGCUGCAGGACCCUAAUAACCCUAAAAAAGGCACGGUGAAGCCUGACAAACAGGACAAGGUCAAGUUCAGCUUCGACAUGACCGCAUCCCCCAAGAUGCACUUGAGUAAGACCGUGAUGUCAGGAGGACCGGGGCGCCGGGUGUCUGUGACAGACAUGCCCAGGUCACCAAUGAGCACCAACUCCUCAGUCCACACGGGGUCUGACCUCGAGCAGGACGAGCGAGGGCCCAGAGUGUCAUCCAGUCACUAUAGCGGCGGUGAAGACUCCAUGGAUUGCACAGCGUCUCCUGCGUCUGUGAAGACAAGCACCAGCCCCAAGCCUCUCCUGCCCACGCCGGUUAAACAGGAAAGGAGUUCAGGCACCGGAAGCAUACUUAACCUCAAUCUAGAUCGCAUUAAAGCUGAAAUGGACCUGAAGGAGUUGAGUGAAACUGUACAGCAACAACAACAACAGCAGCAAGGGACGUCGGUUCUCCUCAGCUCUCCUAAAAAACCUACUAGGAGUUUGGAUAAAACUAUAGAGAGCUGCAAGGCUCAGCUGGGAAUCAAUGAGAUCUCCGAUGUCGUGUACCGCCGUGUUGAGCACAGUGACACAGACGAAUCUGACAAAUCUGACUCCAGCGACAGUGAAUUCAUGUCUGAGGACGAACAGAAGCCCAAGGACACUAACCACAACAGCAGCGCCCACAGAGACUCCAAAAAGAGAGCCAGACCUCCAUCCGCUCAAGCACAAGAACAAGACACUGCCCCAUCAACAGCUGGAGGAACACCAGGUGGAGACCAGCAACCCUCAGAUCCCCAGACCAAAGAGAAGGUAAGCGGUAGUGUGGAGAAAGACUCCCAGGAGAAGAGCAAACCCGUGCAGCAGCCCCAGAAGGAGAGGACACAGCCUGGGCAGGACGCUCGGCCGGCUGGAUCAGAGCUGGAGGGCGACUCUGACUCUGAGCGGGAGCUGGUGAUAGACCUCGGGGAAGAACAGGGCGGGAGGGAAAAGAAGAAAGCCAAGCGAGAGACCCCAUCAGCCCCCAGCUCCACAACUAAAGAUCAGACCGGCAUUAAAACAGAUGGUAAAGCGUCUGCAUCUACCAGCAUAUCAGCUGCUUCUUCUACAGAUAACACUUCCAUCAAUCCUGGUCCAAAAGAUGCCGCCGCAUCAGCCAUCAAGGCUCCAGCCACCGUCCCAGCUGCAUCUACAACUCAAGCCACCUCCACCUCCGCUCUUCAGCCCGUGUCUGCUGUCCCUGUUGCUUCCAAUAUGGUGAAAAAACAGCGCCCUCUGCUGCCCAAGGAGAACACGCAGCCGGCCCAGCGGCCUGCGACCAGGAACCCGGCUGGCGGUAAAUGCCAGACGUCGUCUCAGAAGGUGCAGAGACAGCAACAACAACAAGUUGAGACGGCUCCUCAGAGCCAAGCGCAGCCCCAGACCUCAGCCAACAACUCCAGCACUCGCUACCAGACCAGACAGUCUGUUAAAGCUGUUCAACACAAAGAGCCCUCACCUGUUAACAUGGGCUCUGGUACGUCCACUUCCUGUCUGGCUGGGGACUUCCUCACCCCUCCAGCCUCCGCUGAUGUCGCCGCUGACAUCGCCAAGUACACCACUAAGAUGAUGGAUGUGAUCAAGGGAACGAUGACGGAGAUAUACAAUGAUCUCUCUAAGAGCACGACGGGGAACACCAUUGCAGAGAUCCGGCGGUUGCGGAUUGAGAUUGAGAAACUCCAGUGGCUGCAUCAGCAGGAGCUGUCAGAGAUGAAACAUAACCUCGAGCUGACCAUGGCUGAGAUGAGGCAGAGUCUGGAGCAGGAGAGAGAGCGGCUGGUGUCAGAGGUGAAGAAACAGAUGGAGAUGGAGAAACAGCAGGCGGUGGACGAGACCAAGAAGAAGCAGUGGUGUGCCAACUGCAAGAAAGAGGCCAUCUUCUACUGCUGCUGGAACACAAGUUACUGUGACUACCCCUGCCAGCAGGCACACUGGCCCGAACACAUGAAAUCCUGCACCCAGUCAGAGUGUGCCACUUUUACCAAAAGACUAGAAGAGAGAAGAAAUGACAGGGAUCAAGAAGUCUUACAGGCCAGAUUCAAACUUUUAUUGCCCAAAUUAGCACCAAAGCUCAGUGUGCCAGUAUGUACCAAAUGCAAGACCACAACUCUGAAUGGCUAUGUUCAGAAUAGGAAAUGUGUAUACUAAAGUUUGUAUACUGUGCACAGUAUGCGAUUUUUGUAAACGUGGAAUAUAUUUGAAUAUAUUAUAUACAUAUUGUGGUACACAGGCUUUCAACAUCAAUGACAGCUGAUCAACAAUUUCAGCAGUAGACUAGACGGGGGUGGGUUAAAUUCGGAGCAAAUUUCCCUACACGGAUCAGUAAACGUAAUCCACCAAUACAUGUUUCACUGUGAACAUCACGUCAUUUUAAAAUGAUGAUGUGCCCACAGCAGCAAAACCGUACACAUGCUGGAAAUCCAACCACCACGUACACUUCCAUAACAAUGUGCAUGAAUCAAUACUCCUCGAAUAUUAAAGCACUCACCUGUCACUUGGAAAUAAAGUCAUUCCAUGUCCCUUUACUCGUAUUAAAAAGUAAACUUGGCCUUAUAACUUGUUUUGCUCGGGGCUAGAUGUUUGUCACUCAUACAUACAAUCUUUUAAAUGGUGCACAAAACCUUUGUUAGCGAAUUCAGUUUGAGUAGUUUAUCCUUUCUUAGUUAUUCCUCUUUUGUCUGCAAAAGAGCGCCUUGAAAAAGGCAUUCAGUAGAUCAACAACAAGAUCUGAUGUAGGUGACUGCGGCUGUCAUUUUCUUUUCGUUUAAUGUCACUUUCAUACCUGGGAAAUUCCAAGCUAAACGCAUUUAAUGCAAUUGCCAAAUUGGGAUAUAUUAACACUGUAACCAGGUUGUUUUUCAUGUCUGCUGGUUGAAUCGACCUCAAUAAGGUGACAUUUAGCCCCUGGAAUGUGAAUUUUAAUGGGGGACACCUCGAAACGUGAUUGGAUGGGUUUUGUUAAAGAAAAACGUGCUGUCAUUGAACAUUUGAUCAGGCAGAAUGCAGUGUACACAGUGUGUUGUAAGAUAGCAUUCCAUUCUGAACAUAGCCACUCUCAGUUUCCUUUUGCAUUUAUUUCUGAAAAGCAAUUGUGUUAAUAAUUUUCUCUCUUUUUUAUCACCUUAGCCACCGCAACUCAGCAGGAAGCGGAAACAGAAGUCAGUUCGGACACCGCAGGAAAACCUGUAGGACAGUCCCCUAAAACCCAGCCUUCACCAACCGGUGAAAGAACAUCACCCGCAAACCGAGGACCCUCCCCUUUCACAGACA